AUGCACUUUACAGUGCAAACAGUUGCAGUAAUAUCACUUAAUAAAGAAAUUGUAAUUCAAAAUGAAAUAACCUUAUUGCAUUCUGGAUCGCUGGAUGUUAUACUUGAAAUUUCAGUAAAAUUAAUAGGUUCAAUUAAAAUUGUAGUGGAUCUAUCUGCAGAUGCAGGUGUUCCAGUUGUGCUAGAUACUCCAGAUUCGGUUACAUCAGAUGUUCCUGCCGAGCAUAUCUCUAUAAGACGAUCAGAUAUUCGAACUCCAAAGAGUAAUUUCUUGAGGUUUGUUGGCCUAAGGCAUUGCAGGAGACUUUCUCCAGAAGUAAAGAAAUGCCAUGACAUAAUCAUGAUGAUGAAGAGAAGUGCCAAAAGACUUAUGAAAAAUAAUGAAAUUGCCAGAGCAGAGCUGAAGGAAGCAUGCAGUAAAGAUAGCAUGCAGUAUUUAAAAAAUGUGAAUUCACUCACUGCAACAUUAAUAAAGUGCAAGAUGAGGAAUCCGGUAGAAAAUAUAACCUUGAUGAAAAGCCCUUGGAAUAGCAUUAUAUAA